GUUUUCGGGCCUUUGACGUGCAAUCUACGGGCCCAGCCCACAAUAAAGAGCCCGAAUUUUCUCCUUAAUUCGUAGUACUACGUACUCUACUCGUUUAUAGUUUUAACGCACACUUCUCUCUCUUUGCCCUUAUUCGGGACAUCGGCGGCUCGGCGGCAAAAUCCGCAGAAUUUCACGUAUUUAGUUUGACUUUGAGGUAGGUUAGCCUGUACAAAUAUGGCCAGGAAAAGCAAGAGAAGAGCUAGUGCUGCCACUAAAUCUACUUCAGAAGAGGUUGUUUCUAACAAGAAACUGAAAGCCAGUGCAGCCACUAAAUCUACUACAGAAGAUGCUGUUCCUAGCAAGAGACCACUGAAAAGGCUGAGAAAAGCUAUCAUUGCUUCUGAUUCUACUCCAGAAGAGGUAGUAUCAAACAAGAAAAUAGUUGAAGACCAAAAAGGCGAUGAUGCAAAAGAACCUGUUCCAACUUCUAAAGUGAGGAAGCCUUGUACAUGGCUUAAGCUUGACAGGCUUAACCCUGAAUAUGGAAGCAAAUCUCUUCAGAGUUGUAAACAAGAUAAAGAAGCCAAGCCUGCUGCUGAAGUCAGAGCCCUGGAAAAUAAUAAGAGGAAGAUAAAUGCAAAACGUGAAGAAAAAGGUCAUUCCCAUCCAGUUACUGAUGAAAAGAAAAAUUCAUUUCGCCAUAACAAGGAAGCAGGGCCUGCUGCUGAAAUCAGAGCCCCAAAGAGAAUAAGAGGAAAAGAACUGAAAAACGUGAAGAAAGAGGUUAUUCCCAUCGGGUUGCUACUGAAAAGCAAAAUUCAAGUCGACGUGAAAGGGAAAAAGAAAUUAUCAGAGAAAUUGAUGAUGAAACUGAGAAAGAACUUGGUGGGUUGAUCUUUAUGUGCAACUCGAAAACUAAACCAGAUUGCUUUAGAUACCAAAUAAUGGGUUUGCCAGCACACAAGAAAGAGGUUGUGAUGAACAUCAAGCCUGGUCUUAAAUUUUUCCUUUAUGAUUACGAUCUCAAGCUCAUGUAUGGGGUCUUUGAAGCAUCGUCUGCGGGUGGCAUGAAACUUGAGCCAACAGCUUUUGAUGGGGCUUUCCCAGCUCAGGUCCGUUUCAUUGUUCACAAGGCAUGCCUUCCACUACCUGAGAGUGUGUUUAAGAAAGCAAUCAGAGACAGCUACGAUGAAAAGAAACGCAAGUUCCAAACAGAGUUGACAGUAAAACAAGUAAAAAAUCUGAUAGGCAUGUUCAAUCCCACCCCUUUGCUGCAUCCAAAUGGCAAAUCCAUGGUCCAAGAUUCAACUUAUUGUUCGGCUCCACCGGCAACUUCAUUUAGUGAGGAAUACCUGAGGCAAAGAUAUUUGACCAAAUGUGGCAAUUCUGAUACACAUGAGAAACAAUUCUCUGACAACCAUGUCACUCAUAGCCCUGUUCCUCCCCGGGAUCCACUUUUUCUUUCUGAGCAAGAAUACAGAAGUAAUGGGCUUCAACAGGGCAGGCAUCUCUUGCCAGAAACUGCAGGCGAUAAUGUCAGCAAUAGAUCAGUGCCUAAAAAACUUGAUCUUGAACUAAAGCAUCUACUUAGGAACCCGGUUUCUACGAGUAUGGGUUCAGCUAUGCAGCAAAGAGAAGUCAAUCAACCUGAUCCUUUCUACCUUAGUGAAAAGGAGUACCGCACAUAUGGCCUUCGAGUGCCCCAGCGCCAGGUAAUGCCAAAUGCAGCAUCUCCCACGAUGACAGAGCCUCGCAAGAAUUCAUAUGACCCAUAUGACGAGGCCACCACCUCAUUGGUAAAUCGGUAUCUGUCUAUGCCGAUCACAACAGCAGCUCCAGCAGAAUCAUAUCCUCUGGCUGGUAGGGAGCUUUAUACCAGUGGUCAGAACCACACAAGCCAUAUGCUAAGCCAUCCUGCAAGGACAUUUCCUGAUGGAGAUAGAGCUUUUGCACCCCAUAAUUUUCACGAGCCAUCUGUAUUCAACCAAAGGUCGUAUUCACUGAGUGUUUCUUGCGAACAAUCAGAACACAACCGGGGAGUCAGUCUCCACCAUGAAGCUGAUUUGACGUCUACACCAGUCUCUAACCGCUACUCCUUUGCAGGACCUUCUCUAUCACAGCACAGAUAAGAUUAUUUUGCUCUUUUAACUGAUUAACCUUAUGCAUUCACAAGUCCUUUGCUGCAAGCGUCAGUGUCAGCUGGAGUUCGUCAGAGAAGCGUGGCUUACUGCUGCGAUUAUGUUGUAUAUUAGCUAUGAGUUUCAACUCCUGUGUUAUUCAAGCAUAUCUAUUGACAUAUUAUGAUCAUGUUGUUAUGGUGUGUUAAAAUAAUAUGUCUACAUGCCAUGGAGUUGAGUCCACAGUUUUUUUUAUCUCGCUUUUUGAUUUAAUGUGCACAGAUAAAUUGUUAAUUUUUGCUGACUGAAAUAAAUUGACAUCUUUUGAUAUC